AUGGCUGCGCAGGAAGACCCCGACCUCCUGCGUAUCCUCAUCGCGACGGAUAACCACCUCGGGGUGCACGAGAAGGAUCAGGUUCGCAAGGAUGACGCGUUCAUCACCUUCCGCGAGAUAUUCGAGAUCGCGAAGCAGCAGAACGUGGACGCCGUGUUCCUCGGCGGUGAUCUCUUUGACGUCAACAAACCCUCCAGGGAGACGAUGGUGCGCACGAUGGAGAUCCUGCAGGAGUACUGCAUGAACGACCGGCCGGUGCAGCUGGAGGUGCUCAGCGACCAGACGGUCAACUUUCCUAGGCGAGGCGUGGUAAACUACGAGGACCCGAACUUAAACGUCGGGCUUCCCGUAUUCAUGAUUCACGGAAACCACGACGACCCGGCCGGAGCCGAGAACCUCAGCGCGAUCGAUCUUCUCUCCACGUGCGGCCUGGUGAACUACUUCGGCAAGCACGUGCUGACCGGAAGCGGCACCGGAAAGAUCAAGAUAAAGCCGGUGCUGAUGCGAAAGGGGAACACGAAGCUGGCGCUCUACGGCUUGGGAUACAUUCGCGACGCGAGGCUGCACCAGAUGUUCUCGGUCAAGGGCAACGUGGAGUGGGCCAGGCCCGAGGAUAAGCCGGGUUUCUCCUCCAAGAGCUGGUUCAACACGAUGCUCAUCCACCAGAACCGCGUGCACCACUCCCCGAAGAACGCAAUCAGCGAGAGGUACCUCCCCUCGUGGCUGGACCUGGUGGUGUGGGGUCACGAGCACGAGUGCCUCGUGGAGCCCACCGAGUACGGCGAUUUCAUGGUGUCCCAGCCGGGCAGCAGCGUGGUGACGUCCCUCAUCGAGGGCGAGGCCAAGCAGAAGCAGGUGUUCAUCCUGGAGGUCAAGGCGGAUAAGAACGCGCCGGAUGACGCGCCCAUGUGGCGAGCGGUGCCGCAACCCCUCGAGACUGUCCGACCGUUCAAGUACCGGCAGAUAUCGCUCAUCGACUUCGCCAGGCUCGCCAAGGAGGACGGCGGGUUGGGUGCGGACUUCACCCCGGAGAGCGGAGAAACCAACACAGGUCUCGGCGCGAAGGGUAAGCGGGCGCAACCUUCCAAGCACGAGGCGUGGAUCACGCAGGCGCUGGAGAGGAUGGUGCGCGAGCUCAUCGCCGAGGCACGCGCUCCGUACGAGCGAAGGGGCGAGGACGAGGUGCCGCUGCCCCUCAUCCGCCUUCGCGUGGACUACGGCGGGUUCUCCACGAUUAACGCCCAGAGGUUCGGUCAGAAGUUUGUGGGUAAGGUUGCAAACCCCAACGACUUGCUCCAGUUUUUCAAGAGCGCCGCCCGGCGGCGGCGUGAGGACGCGAACGACGCCGCGACCGCCGCGGCGGCGCACACGACGGCCGUCGAGGACAUCAUCGGCAACCCGACGAUGCAGGACCAGGCGAGGAUCGAACAGCUCGUCGCCCAACACCUGACCCAGGGUCUGCAGCUCCUCAGCGAGGCGGACCUCAGCAACGCGCUCGACGAUUUCGUCAACCGCGACAAGUCGGCGCUGGAGAACCUCAUCAAGGACAGGCUCAGGGAGACGAUGAAGUUCGUGGAGGAGAACGCGGGACACGAGGCGGAGAUGAUCACGUCGGGCGACGCCAAGGACGUGACGGCGAACGUGGAGAAGUCCAUCGCCGAGGCUGUGCAGCAGAGGCUGGCGAGGACCGGCGCCACCGCGAGGGCGGCGGCUGAGGCUGAAGCCGCAGCCGGCGCCGCCACCGCCGCGGCGGCGACCACCCCUCGGCGCGCCGCGGCGCAGGAGAAGGAGAUCAUCGAGCACGCUCGAAGGCGCGCGGCGGCGGCGGCGGAGGAGGACGGCGACGGCGACGACGACCUCGGGACGAUCGCGCCGUCCGAGCAGCCCGGGUCCGCGGCGGAUGCGUUUCGGGAUAUUUUCAACACGCAGGCGUCCCGGGGAGCUCGAGCCGGGAGGGGCGGUCGAGCCGGGAGGGGCGCUGCUCGCGGCGGCAGGGGAUCGCGCGCGUCCGCCGCGGCCGCCAAGAAGAGAGCCGCCGCCGAGGCUUUCGUGGUCGAGGACGGGGAGGGCGAGGAAGAGGAUCCGGACUCGGGGGUGGACGAGGAGGAGAUUCCCGCGACGCGACCCUCGCGACCGUCGCGCGCCGCGGCGGCUGUCGGCGCCGCCGCGUCACCGGGCGAGGUGGACAUCGUACCCGAGUCCGACGUGGACGACGACGACGACGACGAGGUCCCCGCGAGCCGACCGGUCCGCGCCAGGGGUCGACCCACGCGCGCCGCCGCGGCUGUUCGCCGCACGCGCGCCAAAGCCGCCGAUAAUUCCCCAGACGCGUUCGACUUCACCGAGGACACCGACGACGACGACGACGAGGUGGUGGAGGAAUCUGGCGACGACGGCGAGGACGAGGAGGAGGAGGAGGCGAUCGCGGUGGUGGGCCGUCGAGGUGCGAAGCGCAAGGCGCCCGCGAAAGCCGCCGCGACGUCCGCGAAGAGGACGCGCGCGGGUGGCGGGGCAGCGAAGAAAGCUCCGCCGCGGGGGAAAAAGUCUCCGCCGGCUAAGGCUCCGCCCGUUCGAACGCGGGCGAAGCGGGCGGUGCACAUUCCUUACACGCAGGACGAGGACUCGGGGGAGGACGAUGAGGAGAUCCCGGCGACGGCGACGCGCAGGUCGACCAGGGCGAGGUGA